CGUAUCAAACGUUUAGCAAACGCUGAAGCAAAACGAGUUCCGUCCGAUGAAAUAUAUUUCAAAUACUAUAUAGCCUACGAAUCAUGUCGGUUGGAACUGUGCUGCUGACGGCGCUGCUGGCGCUAGUUGGCUAUCUGGUGAUGAAGUGGCGCAGCACGAUGCGGUACUGGCAGGACUUGGGUAUUCCCUGUGAGGAGCCACACAUCCUAAUGGGCAGCUUGAAGGGCGUGCGAACUGCGCAUUCGUUUAACGAGAUCUGGACGAGAAAUUACAGAAAGUUCCGUGGAACCGGACCAUUCGCUGGCUUCUAUUGGUUCACCCGGCCGUCUGUUUUGGUGCUGGAAACAUCGCUGGCAAAGCAGAUCCUGAUCAAGGAGUUCAACAAGUUCACGGACCGCGGCUUCUUCCACAAUGCCGAGGACGAUCCUUUGUCCGGCCACUUGUUUUUACUUGAUGGCCAAAAGUGGAAGUCCAUGAGGAACAAGCUCACCUCCACGUUCACGUCCGGUAAAAUGAAGUACAUGUUUCCCACUGUGGUCAAGGUGGCUAAUGAAUUCACCGAUGUUUUUGGCCAAUAUGUGGCAAAGUCCCCAGUUGUCGAGGUGAAGGAGCUUUUGGCGCGAUUCACCACCGAUGUUAUAGGCACCUGUGCCUUCGGCAUCGAGUGCAGCAGCCUGAAGGAGCCCGAUUCAGAGUUCCGGGAGAUGGGUCGACGGUCCCUAACCGAGCGGCGGCUGGGAGCAGUUGGAAUCGUAUUCGUCAAUAGCUUUCCCAAACUCGCGCGUCGCCUCCACAUGAAAAUGACAGCGGAGCCCAUCGAAAGUUUCUUCAUGCGCAUCGUUAGGGAAACCGUAACCUACAGAGAGCAACAUAAUAUUCGUCGGAACGAUUUCAUGGAUCAAUUGAUCGAUUUGAAAAACAAGCCACUGAUGAUGUCACAAUCCGGGGAGACUGUUAACCUAACCAUCGAGGAGAUCGCAGCGCAAGCUUUUGUAUUCUUUGCGGCUGGCUUCGAAACCUCGUCGACCACCAUGGGAUUCGCCCUGUACGAACUGGCCCAGCAUCAGGACAUUCAGGACCGGGUGAGGGAGGAGUGCCAGGAGGUAUUUAAGAAGUGCAACGGGGAGUUGAACUACGAAAGUAUGAAGGAUUUGGUCUAUUUAGACCAGGUUAUAUCGGAAACCCUUCGAUUGUACACCGUACUUCCUGUCCUGAAUCGCGAGUGCCUGGAGGACUAUGUGGUUCCCGGACAUCCCAAAUACGUAAUCAAAAAAGGAAUGCCUAUCUUGAUCCCUUGUGGAGCCAUGCACCGCGACGAGAAGCUGUAUGCCAAUCCAAACACCUUUGACCCCGACAACUUCUCCCCCGAUCGUGUGAAGGAACGCGAUUCCGUGGAGUGGCUUCCGUUCGGCGAUGGUCCCAGGAACUGCAUCGGGAUGCGAUUUGGUCAAAUGCAGGCCAGGAUUGGACUGGCUCUCCUGAUCAAUAACUUCAAGUUCUCAGUUUGCGAGAAGACUACCAUUCCCAUGGCAUACGACAAGGAAAUGUUCCUCAUUGCCAGUGAAUCUGGCAUCUAUCUUAAGGCUGAGCGAGUGUAAUGCCUUUUAUAAAAAAUGUUGAUGGCAAAUA